AGCCCCGCCCGGGUGGGGCAGCGGGUCACAGUGGAGCCCUUUGUGACCUGUCCCUGGGACACUCAGGGUUAGCUGGCACCAACACGGUGAACCCGCAGUGUCCAGCAGGACAGCGAGGGGUCAGGGCAGGAGUGUGCGGGUCUGGCAAGGAGCCCCCGAGCACAGCCCACGUCAUUUCCCUCUACCCCCAGCAGCCCUGUGGCUGCUGCCUCCCCAGCCUCAGCCCUCAUCCGGCAGGAUGGAGGAGAGACCGCCCAGCCGCCCCAGGGUGGCCUGGGAGGAGAGAGGGGCUCCCCAGGAGAGAAGACCUCCACCGGAGCCCUACGAGGUGACCGAGGUGCAGCCACUGCAUGCCGAUGCUGACUGGCUGCCUGCGAAUGAAGAGGAGGAAAAUGAGGAGGAGGAGAAUGAGGAGGAGGACAAAGAAAUCAUCGAGGACUUCCUCAGGAGAACAGAUGAGGAGAUGCGAAAGGUGACAUUCCUGAAGAGCAUCUGCACCAUUUGCAGAAAGCGCAAAAAGAGGGGCUUGAGUGAGAGCCUGGCUGUUCUCUCCCGUGAAAAAAACGUGGUAGCAAAAGUCAAGAAGCUGCUGGAAAAUGAGCCCACGGACCAGCUGUGCACAGCAGUGCGCUACCAAGCCAUGCUUGCGAUCGCCGCCUUGAGCGAAGUGAGAGCAAUUGCGGAGGAUGAAAUAAGACCGCUUUUAAAUGCGUGCUUCAAAGCCAUCUUCCACCUUCCUCCAAGAGAGAACUUGAACAUUUUCCUCUAUGAUCAAACCCUGCAUGCAAUGGACAACAUGCUGCAGAUGUUGCUGGUCAGCCAUCGCACCUCCUUCAGUGAGGAGCCGUGGAAUAUCUUGGAGGUGCUGCUACGCUUCACCAGCACCCAGAACAAAAGUGUGUGUGAGAGGGCCAUGGAACGGAUCUCAAAGCUUAUCAGUUUCAUCACCAGCAGUCACUGGCAGGAGCCAUUUGGAAUAUUCUUCCAGCCUUCUCAGAGGACAGACAUCGUCCGCAUGACCCUUGAGAUCAUUGGAGACUCCGGCACCGAGGACGAGGAGUGGGCCAAUUUUAUGCUGGGUGUAUUUCUGAGAGACCCUGCUACCUGGCUGAUGGAUGUAAGCAGUCUGAGGCUGGAUUGCCGAGCCCUGCCCGGCCCUCCACAGCUCUUGGGCAUCCAAAGCCGCUUCAAGCCAGCCUAGAGCAGUGGGAAGGGCAGUACUAGCAGUGGCUGUGGGGCAGAUGGCUGCAGGACA